UUCUCUAUGAUGAUUUUUAAGAAAGUUAUGGCAUUUCAAAGAUUAUUCUUCAUUUGCCGUUAUUUUGUUCACAUAUUUGCCAAAAUUACAUAGUUUCACCAAUUGUUAUUGUCAUUUAACUUUUUAAUCAUACACUAAAAGGUUGAAACUAAAUAAAAUUAUAAUAAAAGCCAUCUCAUUACGGUGUAUAUCCUUUAAUAGAAACGUAAAACGUGAAUAUGUCAUGAUAGCUAGUGAGGAACAAAAAAUUAUAGCAAAAUAAAUGUUAAGAAAUUAAUUUUCUAAUAAUUUUCUAAUAAUUAUUUCUAAUAAUAAACGAAACACAUCUAUCCACGUGAAAAUAAAUAUAUACCUCUUCAACUAUCUUAAUUGACUCGUAACAUUGACAAUUAUUUUCCCCAGUUUGCGUUUACACGUAUACACCAAGCUUAAUUAACUAUUUAUCAAAUGCAUUUCAUUAACACAGCCGCAGCGUUACAUUUAUGACGGGCAGUUAACACGCAAUUUAACAUUGUACAAGCAAUACGUCGUCCUUUAUUCUACGUAAAACGACAGAAAGAACGUACAACGUGCGCGUUUGUCAGAGUGUUUUGCUGCCAGAAAAGUUUCACUGUUAUUUCUUCAAAAUAUUCUAUAUUGCAAGGAGCAAAUUCAAUUUUAUUUAAUAAUAAAAAAUUCAAUUUAUAUUUACAAACAUACUCUCUUACGAAACGUCAAUUAGCAAGAAAAUAAGAUACGAAAAUGGAAAGGGAGAGCCAUGUGGAAGUUGAAGAUUCGCCCUCGAUAGAGUACAUCUUGCGUCCAAUAACGUACAUCUCCUGGCUCAUGGGUGUCGGCGUUGCACGUCCGCGAAAGUGUCCUAAGGCUAUAACGAUAUUCAUACGUAUCGUUCACCUCGCUGUGUGUUCCAUUAGCGCAAUGUACUGCGUGUUAGAUUUUUUUAGUUUCAACAGUAUCUUCGCUUUUAAGACCAAUGUGUACAAGUUGAUGCAUUGCACGAACAGGGUGAUAAGCUACGUGGCGGCGUAUUAUUACGUUUGUCACGGGAUCAGGCAGCACAACAAGUGGCCGGAGCUGAUGGACAGAAUGAAGAACCUCGACCAGAAGAUCAGAAGGGAAACAUCCAUUAAUGUCCUGCCAAUAAAAAACGCGCAAGUGCUAGCGAUUCUCGCGACUUUCGCUUGCUGUCCUUUGUCCCUGAUCGCACACGUCCUGUAUUAUUAUUUUACAAAUCCAGAGUAUAUUUUCAUAUCUGAUUUGCUGUUUUACUUUAUAUUAGCUCAAUCUUUGAUCAACAGCUUCGUCUUCGACAUUGUCGUCUAUGUGCUAUAUUGCAGAUUUCAAACGAUAAAUAAAUUGAUCGGUCAGAUGGAUGAGCUAUUCGGUGCGCAACAAAUUGCGCUCAAGAUUAGACGAAUCAGAGGAUUGCAUAACGGUAUUAGUGAUCUUGUCGUUAUGAUAAACGAUAUACAUGGUCUUCAUCUCCUGCUCUUAUCGACGAACUGCUUCGCCGUGGUCGUAGCUACGUUAUUCAGAAUCUACAUAGGCAUCACAGAGAAAAAUUAUACGUUGAUUGCCGUACUUAAUGGUUGUUGGAUUCUGUAUGUGACGCAGUUCGGUUUGAUAUGUUGGAUUUGUACGCUUUCACGACAAGAAUCCGAAAGAACCGGGAUAAUUAUAUACGGAUUUGUAUUAAAUUGUAAGAACUUGGACCAAGAUGCUGGUGUCAGAAACGAGAUCAAUGAUUUUUCGAUUCAACUACAGCAGUAUCAAGCAGCAUUUACGGCCUGCAAUUUCUUUGAAAUGAACAAUGCUCUUUUCAGUGGUCUCGUAGGAGUGAUCUCUGCUUAUCUUGUAAUCCUCAUUCAAUUUUAUAAACCAUCCGAUUCGAAUUAGGGGAAAACGGAAUAAGAUGAAGACUUUAAUAAGGUUUGUCAGUUUCUCCUAAUUCCGUGACAAUAUAAAAAUAAAGAUAUAUAUAUAUAUAUAUUUUUUUUUUAAUGCACUGAAACCUUAAAUUUAUUAUUGGUAAAAAUUAGAAGCUGUUAAAUAAAUUAAAAUUUUUUAAAAUUUAGAUUUGUUUAAGACAUUAUGUUAAUUUCGUCAUCUUACCCUCAUAUGCGGGAAAGAUGACUUUUAAUAAUUAAUAAACUGAAAAACAGUCAAAUAAAAUUUAAAGUGUACUCUUAUAAAUCAAAAAAGAUUUAUUAUAAUUUAACCUUCAGCUGACACAUUGGGUGUCAUACACCCAAGCUAUUUACAAAAUGCUUGGCAUUCAUACAUCGUUUGCUUUUUCUCUUCUGAAUAUUUUGAAUAUAUUCAACUUUGCAAUUUUUACACUUAUUUAAUCUCUUUCUUGACAAUUUGUCAUAUUAAUUAAACAAAAGAUUGUUCAAAUUCUAUGCAUUAUGUAACGAGAUAUGCUUACAAAAUUGAAAAUGUCUGGUGAUAUACAUACACUCAUGUGGGGCAAAAUAAUCAAUCCAGUGUAGUGUAUCAGCUGAGGGUUAAUAAUCUUAUAUUAUUUAAAUAUUAUAACGUAGUUAAAAAAAAUGUAGACAGAACAAAAAAAUAUUUAUGUAAUCUGCAAAAAUAAAAUUAUUAAAAUUAUGAUGUACAUUGUGAUUCAUAUUGCGAUUAAAAUUGCGUUACAUAUAUUUAAAAUACUGCUAAGUUAAAACUAUAAUGCAUAAAUGCAUUUACCUUGCUCAUGCACGAUGUUUGUAAUUUUACCCAUAGUCGUGUUCAUUUAUUUAUUAAUAUAAAUUUUGUUACAUGAAAAUUAAAAAAUAUGAAUACGUUAUUGUAUAUGUUUUUAGCCAUACAAUAUUGUGAUUUUACAGGGAAAAUAAAAAUAUUACAGUUAUGUCAUUUCUAGAAUA